AUGUUUAAAGUAUCUAAAGAACAAUUAUAACAGAUAUUAAUUUCUGGAUUGUUUUAAGAUCAUUAAGAUAGUUUAAAUGAAUUAAAUUCGACAAAAUUAUUUGAAGAUUCUUUAAAAUCAAACAUCUAAUAAGGAUUAAGUGAAGAUAAAGCUGAAUAGAGUUAAUAAGUUUUUGGAGUCAAUUGGAAUGAAAAUUAAGACUCUAUUGGUAUUUUUAAAGCAUUUCGGAUAGUUCUAUUUGUAAAAAAUUUAUUAAAUAAAGAAACCAAAAUCAAUACUUUUCUUAACCUUAUCAUUAAUUGCAAUGAUGUUGAAAUAUUUAUCAAAAGAUGAAAUUUAAACAAAUGAAUAUAUUGAGAGUUUAAUUAUAUUUAUUUUACUCUUUUUGAACCUUAUGAUAUCUGGAUUUCAAGUAUAAAAUCAAAUUUAUAAAUUUUAGAUAAAAAAUGAAAAUAAAAAAUAUAUAUAAAAUUAAAAUUUGAAAGAACAAUCUAAAUAUGCAAACGUAUUAAGAAAUGGAUAAUAAUAAAUUAUAUUAGCAAAGGAUCUUGUUGUAGGAGAUGUUAUAAUUUUAUAGGAGAAUGAUACUCUCUAUGUUGAUGGAUUAAUUGUUGAAUAAAAUAAUUUAUAUAUUGAUGUAAUGAUCAUUUUUUUAUAUUUAGGAAUGCUAUAUAACAGGUGAAUCUGAAUUCAUACAUAAAAUUACAUUAGAGGAAGCAGUUGAAUCCAAAUAGUCAAUUAUACCACAUAAACAUUUAGCCUUUGCAGGAAGUAAAAUAGCAAAAGGAAAUGGUAAAUUAUUAGUUUUGGCAGUUGGUUCUUAAAUAUAAAUUAAUAAAUUAUCAAUUAAUCUUUUAUAAGAAGAAAAAAAAACAUUUAUUUCAAAAGCAAUUGAAAAUAUUUCAUAUAAAAUUGAUAUAAUAGGAUUUUUUGGAACUAAAUUACUAGUCUUGAUACUAUUAGCUCGAUAAAUUUUUGAUUCUAAUGAAUAAAAUGUAAAUAGAUAUAAUACUAUUUCAAAUAUACUUAAUCUUAUCAUAGUAUUAAAAUCUGGAGAUACCACUAAAAUAUUGGCUACUCAUUUCUAUUUACAACUUGGUUAGACAGUGAAAGCUAUGUUAUCUGAAUAAAAUUUGGUUAGAAAUCUUUAAUAAUUAGAACAUUUACCAUUUAUGGAUUCUGUAUUUAUAUUUUAUCUAUUAUAAAGGUAAUUGUUGAUAAAACAGGAACUUUAACUCAAAAUAGAAUUAUUCUAGAUAGUUUUAUGAAUGAUACAGUUGAUAAAUUAACUUCAUCUCAAUUUAAUCUUUAUUCAUAAGAAUUCUAAUAAGCUUUUAUUGAUUCUUGUUUGAUUAAUAAUAAUUUUGAUCCAGAAACUUAAGAGGGAAGUGCUAUUGAUAAAGCAUUAUUUUAUUGCUCUUAAUAACUGAGAGUAAAUCUUUAGGAGAGAUCAUAAUAAGUAACACAUAAAAUCUCUUUUACAAGUGUUAGAAAAAUAUAAGUAUAUUAAAUAUAUUAAUUAAUUAUUAGACAAUCGUUAUAAAUAAUAAUAAAGUUGCUAUUAGAGGAUAAGCUGAACAUAUAUUAAAUUGCUCAACUAAAUUUUAUAGUCUAAAAAAUGGAAUUAUUGCAAUUGAUAAUGUUUUAAAGAAUAAUAUAGAAUAAUAUUUAUAAGAAUUGAGUCAAAAAGGCAGAAUUUUAGGAAUAGCUUAUAGAGAUAUUGAUUUAUAAAAUGAAAAUAUUUAAGAAUUAAUAGAGAAUAAGAAAUUUGAAUUUGAUAAAUAGAAUUUAACAUUAUUAGGUUUCUUAUUAUUUGUAGAUCCAUUGAGAUUUGAAACAAAAUCUGCAGUUCAAGGAUUCAAAUAAGCUGGAGUUAAGGUUGUUUUAGUUACAGGUGAUAACUCUAAUAAUGCAAAACAUAUUGCCAUGGAAGCAGGAAUUAUGACAUCUAACUCGAUUGUUCUAGAAGGAAAUAAAUUUGCUUUAAAAUUGUAAGAAAAGUCAGAAAAUUCUUAAAAAGAAAUUGAGGAUAUUUAAGUUUUGUGUCGAGCAAGACCAGAAGAUAAAUAUAAUUUUGUUAAAGAAUUAUAAGAAAUGGGUCAUGUAGUUGGAGUGUGUUGUAAUGGGUUAAAUGAUAGUAAAUAACAAUAUUAUUCAUAUAAAUAGUUCCUGCUUUAUCUCGUGCUGAUGUAGGUUAUAGUCUGGGAAUAUCAGGAACAGAAAUUGAUAGAUAGACAUCAGGGAUUAUUUUAUUAGAUGACAAUUUUAAUUCUAUUUAUAAAGGACUUUUUUUUGGUCGAAAUUUGAUUGAUUCAAUUAAACGAUAAAUAUAAUAUUAGAUCAUAUCUAAUUUUUCAUUGAUGAUCAUUUUAAUAGUAUCAGCAAUUUUAGAAAAUGUUUUUAUAUCACCACUUUAAUUUAUUUGGAUUAAUCUAAUUAAUGAUUUAUUCGCUAUAUUAGCUUUAUCUAAUUGUAGACCAAGUUCUGAAUUGAAGUAUUAAAAACCUCCUAAUAAAACUGGAUUUAUUUUGGAUAAAAAUGUUUUAAUUCAUAUCAUUAUACUUUCUGUAUACAUAACUACUGUAUGCAUUUUAUUUGUAAAUUAAGUAUUUAAAUAUAUGAUUUAUUUAGUCCUUAAUGGUAUUCAAUCUAUAUGUUAUAAUUACAAUAUGUAAUUUGAUUAAUUCACGUAUGGUACACUUAGAAUUAAAUGUUUUUAAUGGAUUUUUCGGAUCUUGGAUACUUUAUACAACAAUUUUAUUAAUAGGAAUAGUUUAAUUUUUCAUAGUAUAAUAUGGAGGAAUCUUAAUGCAUACAUUUCCUGGUUUAAGCUUUCAAUAAUGGUAUCAUUGAAUAUUGAUUUAAUAGGUGUGUUUGCAUUGUUAUCGGAAUAGGAAGUAUAGUUUGGAGAAACAUAGUCAUUUUAUUCAUUAAGCUUAUAAAUGUAAAUAAUCAAUUAUAUAUUAAAAUAGAUAAGCAAUAAAGAUAAAUAAAAAGUCAAUUGA